AUGGAAGUAAUGCGUAUGGUGGCUUGAAGGGAUAUCCAAGUGAAAGUCUAUCGUAAGUCAGUUUAUUUACCUGAAGUUGAUGAAGAAUGUCAAAACUGCUUUCAAAACUGGCAUGUGAUUCUCUAUAAUUUGUGAGUAGCCUCCCUUAAUUUUCGUUUAACAUAUUUAGAGAUCCCUAGACUGUUAAACAUCCGAACAAAUGUUUGUUCAAAAUACGGGCUAUAAAGUUAACAAAGUUUAAUUGAUUUAUGGGGAAACAUCUCUUAAUAGUCCCGCGUCAACUUGCCACUCAUAUUGGUCAGUAAGAGGAUCAACUAUAAUCUCUCACUGGUCUGUUUUACUACAACUCCACCUUCCCAUUUGGCAGUAAUCAACUCGAUUACCCCGUUGACCAUUGGCCAACAGCACACUUAGUUAUGCGGCAAGGUAGGUGCCACUUAGUAGAACUAAGAAACACCAGCUCUAAACACAAGCUGUGGGUAAGCCCCAGGCUGUACAGUCACACGCACGCUCACACACUGAUAUCAAAAGUAGACCAACGCUGAAUGCUGGGCACAUAACCUCUUGAUUGGCCACUUAUGCCCGACGAUUGACCAUCCUAUAAACAAGUAGUAUUGUCGCGCUAAUGGAGUCUUAAGCAAAUGAGAAAAACAAAGUAUGGGGAAACCUGAAAAAAAAAAAAAAGAACGCAACAAAACAAAGAACGUGUCGGCAAGAUGCCUUCUUCAGCGAAAACACAACAGUAAAAACAAUAUAAUUAUAAAAAAAAAUAAUACUAAUAAAUAAAAAACCAACCCCGCUUCAAUGUAGUAUCCGAGACGACAGCAAGAGGAAUGUGACAGAACAUAAGAUUAUAGAGAUUAAUGAGUCUUUAACAAAUUUUAAGUUGACGCCGGUUUAAGACAAAACAGCCUACGUGUCAUGUAGAUUGAAUUCUCUCUCUCUCCCCCCCCCCCCCAGNCACAUAGGUCUCUUACAAUGUCUUGCUACACAUAGGUCUCUUACAAUGUCUUGCUACACAUAGGUCUCUUACAAUGUCUUGCUACACAUAGGUCUCUUACAAUGUCUUGCUACACAUAGGUCUCUUACAAUGUCUUGCUACACAUAGGUCUCUUACAAUGUCUUGCUACACAUAGGUCUCUUACAAUGUCUUGCUACACAUAGGUCUCUUACAAUGUCUUGCUACACAUAGGUCUCUUACAAUGUCUUGCUACACAUAGGUCUCUUACAAUGUCUUGCUACACAUAGGUCUCUUACAAUGUCUUGCUACACAUAGGUCUCUUACAAUGUCUUGCUACACAUAGGUCUCUUACAAUGUCUUGCUACACAUAGGUCUCUUACAAUGUCUUGCUACACAUAUGUCUCUUACAAUGACUUGUAUCACAUAGGUAUCUUGCAAUAUCUUGUUUCACAUAGAUAUCUUAAAACGUUUUGUAUCGCAUAGGUACCUUACAAUGUCUUGUACCACAUAGGUAUCUUAAAAUGUCUUGUUUCGCAUAGAUCUUUUAUGGCGGCAUACAUCACAACUUAAUUUUUAUUGUUUCGGAAAUUUUCGGUUCGAGAGCCAGUCAUUGACCAAGUUUCAUCCUUACGCAGCCCGUCAUUGACCAAGUUUCAUCCUUACGCAGCCAGUCAUUGACCAAGUUUCAUCCUUACGCAGCCAGUCAUUGACCAAGUUUCAUCCUUACGCAGCCUCUCAAAAAUGCCAUUUUUAUUGACGUAGCCCUCAACCUUUUGCUGGCUUUUAUUUUUAACUUUUAUUUCUAAGGAAAUCGGUAUAAUUUGUUUAAAAAUUAUAAAUGGUAAACGUGAGCUUAAAUAGGUCAAUAUGCAUAGACAAAAUAUAAAGUUCUCACUCGUCACUCUAACUUCAGCUUAACGAUUGGACUUGUUGAAGCCCCCGGGGGUUGGGGGAGGGUGGAGGGAGGGGUAAAACAAAAACCAAGACAAAAAUGUAACCCCCACCCCCCCCGCAACCUGUGGUUUGUUUCUUGACCUAUCACGUUGCUUUCGGGGUGCGGAGCCAGGUCGGGACUGGUCAUCUGGGCAGCACUGAAAAUGAUAACUUAAAGUUCCUGAUACCUCAUAACAUUAUCAUUGAUGCGUCCCUGUCCUCAGGUGUGCCGCUGUUCAUAUGGUUUUUCGUGUACCUCUCCAUCGACUACUAUCAGUCGCUGGAGACCGCCGACAUCUGGUACGAGCCCAUGGACAUGGACGCCGACUGGGAGUAUUGGAACUACCAGAUCGACGUGCCCAUCUUGUACGUGCCCGCGUGCCCGGCACUCACGGAGAUGUUCCUAGUGGGCAAGAAUGCCACCACGCGUAUGUGAAACUUGGGAAAAAAAAACAUUUUGUAUUGAGUUAUGUUUUAUCUUUAUUAAAUCAUGGUUUAAGAGAAUUUGUGUUUGAGCGUGUGCAGACCCCAUUAAUCGAUCGAGACGUUGUAAAUAAAUUGUUAUUAUUAUUGUUGUUGUUGUUGCUGUUGUUGUUCGUCCUUCGCAUGCAGUGAGAACCAAGGCGUUCGAAUUGACUUGCGCUGUAUCUUGUUUAAAGAGAGGGAGAUUAGCUGGAGUUGUCAGCCUCCCCCUCUUGCCCUUUCCUAUUUGUUCCAGUGGUAAGACUUGGUCAAGACGACUGGAGAUAGACGAGGACGCACUGGAUGACCAGCAGUGACUCGUGUGGCCACGUGUGCUCUUGAUGCGUUCGACAAGGCAGAAGUUGUCGCAUUUUCAUUGUGUCAAUGUCAUACCGCCUACGGGAGUACAACUCCGGUUUUCAUUUUAGAGUUUGCCUUCUCUUAGAUGAGCUGCCAUCUAGGGUUAACGAGUUCCAUCCACCAGGGGGAGCUGUAUUUUUUGUUUUUGCUAGUCCAGGCUUUUGCUCGGGAUUGAAAUCCAGUCCCACACGCUUGGGAUAGACCACGCAGUGCGAGAAUGCAGCGCUUACAUUCAAUCAGUGCUAGCUUGAUUUUUAGAUCAAUCGCAAAGUUGAAUUAUAACUUGAUUAAUAAUUCUUUAAUGUCCAUUUUAAAACAUCACGGACACAUGGACAUUUAUAAGGCUGAGUAGCGGCAAGUUGGGAUCACACAUGGACUAGUUGAUUUAUCAACCUAGUAAUCAGGCAAUGUUAUAGCUUGUUGAUUUAUCAACCUAGUAGUCAGGCAGUGUUAUAGCUUGUUGAUUUAUCAACCUAGUGUCAGGCAGUGUUGCAGCUUGUUGAUUCAUUAACCUAGUACGAGUCAGUGUUAUAGCUUGUUGAUUUAUCAACCUAGUGUCAGGCAGUGUUGCAGCUUGUUGAUUCAUUAACCUAGUACGAGUCAGUGUUAUAGCUUGUUGAUUUAUCACCCUAGUACCAGGCAGUGUUAUAGCUAGUUGAUUUAUCCACCAAGUACCAGGCAGUGUUAUAGCUAGUUGAUUUAUCAACCUAGUACCAGGCAGUGCUAUAGCUUGUUGAUUCAUUUACCUAGUACGAGUCAGUGUUGUAUCUUGUUGAUUUAUCAACCUAGUACGAGGCAGUGUUAUAGCUUGUUGAUUCAUCAACCUAGUACCAGGCGGUGUUACAGCUAGUUGAUUCAUCAACCUUGUACCAGGCAGUGUUAUAGCUAGUUUAUUUAUCAACCUAUACUACCAUGCAGUGUAGUGUCUAGAUGAGUUAUCAACCCAACACCAUGAAGAGUAUCAUCUUUUAAAAAUCAUACCAUUGAUCAGAUUGAUAUUCAUUCGCUGACGCGGUGACUCCCACAUUAGCUGCAAUAACAUAUGCCCCCCCCCUGAAAAGUGCUGUCGUCAAAUAAAGUGACAAGUUAUGGAAAGACAGAGGUGAGAGAUUUGUGACAACGAUCCUCCCUCCUCCUCCCCCACCCCCCACCCGUUCACCAGCACUGUGCUAAAACACAUUCAGUGCGCACGCAAUGUGAAUCUUUUUUUUUUGUUUCCCAUUGAAGUUAUACCUAGACAACGAUCCUCCCUACUCCUCCCCCCCCCCCCACCCGUUCACCAGCACUGUGCUAAAACACAUUCAGUGCGCACGCAAUGUGAAUCUUUUUUUUUUGUUUCCCAUUGAAGUUAUACCUGUGCUCGGCUUCAGCUCAAUAGCCAAGGGCUACAAGUACUCGAUGGACACCAAGAACAGCCACCCACUGAUCGCGUUCGAUGAGCUCAACUCUCAAUCGAAGCAAGUGCCCACAGAUUUAAAGUUUAAAGUUGUCCUGGACAAGAACGUUAAUACAGAAAAGGUUUUCGGAAACGCAUUCUGUAAGUAAUUCGGUUACCUGCCCCUAGAGUCUUACACGAGCUUGAGUCUUGCCAUUUGAAGCACUGCUGGGGACGUCACGAUCCACACCUGUCUCCUUGAGGUCACGUCGUCACGCUUCACAGCUGUUUCUGUGAAGUCACACUGUCACGCUCUACACCUGUUAUUGUGGAGUCACACUGUCACGUUCCACACCUGUUACCGUAAAGUCACACUGUCACGCGCUACACCAGUUACUGUGAAGUCACACUGUCACGUUCCACACCUGUUGUUGUGAAGUCACACUCCACACCUGUUAUUGUGAAGUCACACUGUCACGCUCCACACCUGUUAUUGUUACUCUGAAGUCAACCUUAAAUAAAAUAAUUAUGAAAUGCUUUUAAAAAAAAUACAAUAAGGUCCUGUCCCCUUUCUUUUGCCAUCAUUACAAACUCAUCAUCCCCUUUCUUUUGCCAUCAUUACACACUCAUCAUCCCCUUUCUUUUGCCAUCAUUACAAACUCAUCAUCCCCUUUCUUUUGCCAUCAUUACAAACUCAUCAUCCCCUUUCUUUUGCCAUCAUUACAAACUCAUCAUCCCCUUUCUUUUGCCAUCAUUACACACUCAUCAUCCCCUUUCUUUUGCCAUCAUUACACACUCAUCAUCCCCUUUCUUUUGCCAUCAUUACACACUCAUCAUCCCCUUUCUUUUGCCAUCAUUACAAACUCAUCUUCCCCUUUCUUUUGCCAUCAUUACAAACUCAUCAUCCCCUUUCUUUUGCCAUCAUUACACACUCAUCAUCCCCUUUCUUUUGCCAUCAUUACACACUCAUCAUCCCCUUUCUUUUGCCAUCAUUACACACUCAUCAUCCCCUUCCUUUUGCCAUCAUUACACACUCAUCAUCCCCUUUCUUUUGCCAUCAUUACACACUCAUCAUCCCCUUUCUUUUGCCAUCAUUACACACUCAUCAUCAUCUUCAGAUUACUCCACGUCCGGCGCUCUGGUAGCCGAGACGUUCAUGACCCAUAUAUUCAUCAACUACUGGAGGAUCAAGCAGGGCCUGGAGCCGAUCACCUUCCACUUGGCCACACAGCAGAUGCCGAUACCCAAGAGGAACGCCAACCCGAUGCGGCAGGGCAUCAUCGCCAACACCAAGUCGGUGUUCUUCUUUGUCUUUCUAGCGUUCGUCUGCUUCGCCACCAGGACCCUCGUGGAGGAGCGGGAGCUGAAGCUCAAGGUAAGUCCCAUCGGCCUUCUAACGCGCUUGAAUUUCAAAAUGCGGACCAUCUCUUGCGGUGUGGGUAUGUGGUUUUAAAACACCGCCACAGACGAACGUUGCCGUGGGCGUUGGAUGUUGCGCCUGCGGAUAAACGGGGGGGGGGGGAAAUUCGGUUAAAACGGCAACUUGAACAAAUAAAAAGGGACUUUUAAUAUCAAUAAAUAAUAAUGAUAAUAAAUUAUUGGCAUUUGAAAUAUGAAAACAUAGAUCUACACAUUUUUUUUACGGAUUUUAGAAUAGUCUUUAGGGGGUACCUCACAGUCGCAGAUGAAUUGUUCACGGUAGGCUUACCUAAACAAUAUUAAUUUGACAAAUACAUGGUUUCACUUUAACGCCGAUUCGGAAAUGGUGCAUAUUAACCAUUUGGCCUCCUAACAUAGUGCGCGAUGCGGAGAGUACAGAGUAGAAUAUACAGUGAUUGUAUCUGUACUUGGAUUAUUAUUGAGGUUACUAAAUUCUUAAAAGGUUCACAAGAAAAUGUAUCGGGUAGGAUGAUGCUAGAUCCAUCAAUAUAUAUAUGUAUAUGUAUGUAUAUAUUUAUUUAUUUAUAUAUUUAUUUAUUUAUCUAUUUAUUUAUUUAUUUACAUAUAUAUUUAUAUAAUAUAUAUACAUAUUUAUAUAUUUAGUUGCCUGAAAUCGAUUGUAGAUGACGAUUUGAAUACUGCAAUGGGUAAAAAGCCAAAGACUGACUAGUCAAUGGGGAGAUAACGGCGAGACGGCAAGGGUACGCCCAGAAAAAGGAGAGUUGGUGUACGAAAGCAAACAAAUUUAAGAGUUUUGGAAAAAUAAAAUUCAUAUUGAUGACACCCUCCCCCCCAAAAAAAAACAAACAAAACAAACAACAACAACAAAACAACAAACAAAAACAACAACAAACAAACCGCGUUUUUCAAUGGAUAUGAAUACACCACGCGCCACAACCCACGCCCCACACACCAUACCCCCCCAACCCUUCUGCUUUCCAAAUAUGAUUUAUAAAAAUCGCUUCAAGGUGUUGUUUAGCCAAAAAAUGACGUUAUUUGGUUUCAAAUAUGCAACUCUUUAACACCAAAGAGCUCCAGAGACUAGGUAUGUCGACUUUCUACUACAGUGGUCGGCAAACUCAUUGGUCAAAAGAGCAAAAAAUCAUCAGCAGAAAUAUUUGAAAAAAUAAUUGAGAGCCAAAUUUCUUUUCAUGAACCUUUUUCCAGAGUCAAAAACCGAUUUGUAGCCGACUGGGUGUGCCGCACUCAGGUCGCUAAAGAACCGAUUUGUGGCCGACUGGCUGUGCCGCACUCAGGUCGCUAAAGAACCGAUUUGUGUCCGACUGGCUGUGCCGCACUCAGGUCGCUAAAGAACCGAUUUGUGGCCGACUCUCUGUGCCGCACUCAGGUCGCUAAAGAACCGAUUUGUGGCCGACUGGCUGUGCCGCACUCAGGUCGCUAAAGAACCGCUUUGUGGCCGACUGGCUGUGCCGCACUCAGGUCGCUAAAGAACCGCUUUGUGGCCGACUGGCUGUGCCGCACUGCGGUCGCUAAAGAACCGAUUUGUGGCCGACUGGCUGUGCCAUGUGCCGCACUGAGGUCGCUAAAUAACCGCAUGCUGCACGUGAGCCGUGGUUUGCUGACCACUGCUCUACUAGACCUUCAGACAUUAGCCCCCCCCCCAAACUCUUCCCCUCACCCCCCUUCAGUCUUCACAUCACGAUUCUGUGUUUUUCGCAUUCCAGGAAUCCAUGACGCUGAUGGGGCUGACUGAAGAGAUUUACUGGCUCGCCUGGACUUUCGUCAAUACGUUCUGGGUUUGCUUCCUGGUGACCGGGACGGUCGUGAUGCUGUGUGUCGACCUGACCGGCGGCGGCCACAUGUUGCACGCCUCCUCUGCCCUCAUCGGGUUCGUGUCGUUCCUGCACAUCGCCGACCUCAUCUCCUUCUCGCUGCUCGUCUCCUACUUCAUCAAAAAGGGUUAGUGUCAAAGCUGUGUAUAGUGCUACCACACCUUGGGAAAUUUCCCUUAAGAUCUUGGGAAUUCACUACUCCAUUCAGGGCCAAAACUCACUUUUUUAAAAAAAAUGCCCAAGAUCCUUUAAAAAAUAAAUCUAAUAUAUUUCAUGAUCUUGGGAAAUCUUUGGAAAUGUUUUGACCAAAUCUUGGGAAUUAAAAAAAGAUUGAGUGGCAGCCCUAGUUGUGUACUCGCUGGGUUUGCACAGUUUGGAUGUGUACACGUUGAAUGUUUACACUUUGUCUGUGUCCGUGUUGUCUGAGUAUAUUAUAGUCGCUGUGCACACGCUGGGUGUGUGAACUUCGACUGUGCACAAGUUGUCUAUAUUCAUGUGAUCUGUUUAACAUAUUAUAUGUGUAAAUCUUAAAUGUGUAUUUGUGUACAUGUUAUCUGUGUGCAUGUUAUCUGUGCACAUGUUAACCGUGUUUAUUUUAUAUGCGUGCAGUGUACGUUUCAUCUUUGCAAGGUUAACUGCGUAUUUAAAUGCGUACAUGUUAUCUGUGUACAUGCUUUGGGGUGGGUGUCAGUACUGUAACAGAGGGGGCGGAGUUAAUAAGUCUGUAGAGUUGGGUUUUUUUUUGGGACGGAUGUAGAAUCGUGGGUGAGAAAAACAGGAAGAUAUGGAUAAAUGACAACAACAAUAUAUAAUGUAAACAAACCCAUAGCUUAGUGCUAGAGACCCAUUCACCAGUGGCACAGUCUUAGAGACUCAUUCACCAGUGGCACAGUCUUAGAGACCCAUUCACCAGUGGCACAGUGUUAGAGACCCAUUCACCAGUGGCACAGUCUUAGAGACCCAUUCACCAGUGGCACAGUGUUAGAGGCCCAUUCACCAGUGGCACAGUGUUAGAGACCCAUUCACCAGUGGCACAGUGUUAGAGACCCAUUCACCAGUGGCACAGUCUUAGAGACCCAUUCACCAGUGGCACAGUCCUAGAGACCCAUUCACCAGUGGCACAGUCUUAGAGACCCAUUCACCAGUGGCACAGUCUUAGAGACCCAUUCACCAGUGGCACAGUCUUAGAGACCCAUUCACCAGUGGCACAGUGUUAGAGACCCAUUCACCAGUGGCACAGUCUUAGAGACCCAUUCACCAGUGGCACAGUCUUAGAGACCCAUUCACCAGUGGCACAGUCUUAGAGACCCAUUCACCAGUGGCACAGUCUUAGAGACCCAUUCACCAGUGGCACAGUCUUAGAGACCCAUUCACCAGUGGCACAGUCUUAGAGAACCAUUCACCAGUGGCACAGUCUUAGAGACCCAUUCACCAGUGGUACAGUCCUAGAAACCCAUUCACCAGGUGCACAGUCUUAGAGACCCAUUCACCAGUGGCACAGUGCCAGAAACCCAUUCACCAGUGGUACAGUACCAGAAACCCAUUCACCAGUUGCACAGUCUUAGAGACCCAUUCACCAGUGGCACAGUACCAGAAACCCAUUCACCAGUGGCACAGUCUUAGAGACCCAUUCACCAGUGGCACAGUGCCAGAAACCCAUUCACCAGUUGCACAGUGCCAGAAAGCCAUUCACCAGCGGCACAAUCUUAGAGACCCAUUCACGAGUGGCACAGUCUUAGAGACCCCUUCACAAGUGGCACAGUGCCAGAAACCCAUUCACCAGUGGCACAGUGCCAGAAACCCAUUCACCAGUUGCACAGUGCCAGAAACCCAUUCACCAGUGGCGCAGCGCUAGAGACCCAUUCACAAGUGGCACAGUCUUAGAAACUUUUUGAGCUUUAGAAUAGUGUUAGAGAACUUUUGACCAAUAGGACAGUUUUUUUAGAGACCUUUUGACCAGUAGGACAGUGGUAGAGACCCAUUCACCAGUAGGACAGUCUUAGAGACCUUUUUACCAUUAGAACAGUGUUAGAGACCUUUUGACCAGUAGGACAAUGGUAGAGACCAUUCACCAGUAGGACAGUGUUAGAGACUCAUUAACCAUUAGGACAGUUUUAGAGAGCAUUUGACAGUAAGACAGUGGUAGAGACUUUUGAUCAUUGGACAGUGUUGGAAAAUUUUAUACCAGUAAGACAGUGUUAGAGACCUUUCGACUAUUAGGACAGUGUUAGAGACAUUUUGACCAGUAGGACAGUGUAAGAGAGCCAUUCACUAGUAGGACAGUAUUUGAGACUCACUGACCCGUAGGACAGUGUUUCCAUUCACGAUUCACGAAUACGACAGUGUUAGAAAACAAUUGACCAGAAGAACAGUGUAAGUCACCACUUGAUAAGUAGGAAAGGGUUAGCGACCAAAUAAAACAUGGCUUGAGACCCAUUGACCAAUAAAACAGUGUUAGAGACCUAUUGACCAGUACGACAGUGUAAGAGACGUCUUAACCUCUUGGACAGAGGUCGAGAGCACUGAGAUCACUGAGAGCACUGAGAGCAAUGAGAACACUUAGAGCACUGAGAGCACUGAGAGCACUGAGAGCAUUAAUAUACGGCAUGUUAGGAUGUAAGAACGAUGUGUAUACUAAAAACACGCGUGUUCAUGUACUCCCUUCUUGGUCCAGCUCGUCACGUGACUCCUACAAUUAUCAUCGUGAGCUCAGCAAGUCUGUGGAUCUCGACGUUCCUGGACACAACAAUCAAAAGCUUGCCUGCUAGGUACAUCAUCGGCACGGUGCUCUUCUGUGUGGGCUACGACUCUGUCAUGAGGAAAAUUAUAGAAAAUGAAGGGAGAGGUGAGUGAAGUGAGCAAUGAAAGGAGAGGUGAGUAAAGACAGAAAUGACGAGAGAGCUAGUAAUGAUAUGAGUGAAGGUAGAGGUGAGUAAUGAUAUAAAUGAUGAGAGAGCUAGUAAUGAUAUGAGUGAAGGUAGAGGUGAGUAAAGACAGAAAUGAUGAGAGAGCUAGUAAUGAUAUGAGUGAAGGUAGAGGUGAGUAAAGACAUAAAUGAUGAGAGAGCUAGUAAUGAUAUGAGUGAAGGUAGCGGUGAGUAAAGACAGAAAUGAUGAGAGAGCUAGUAAUGAUAUGAGUGAAGGUAGAGGUGAGUAAAGACAGAAAUGAUGAGAGAGCUAGUAAUGAUAUGAGUGAAGGUAGAGGUGAGUAAAGACAGAAAUGAUGAGAGAGCUAGUAAUGAUAUGAGUGAAGGUAGAGGUGAGUAAAGACAGAAAUGAUGAGAGAGCUAGUAAUGAUAUGAGUGAAGGUAGAGGUGAGUAAAGACAGAAAUGAUGAGAGAGCUAGUAAUGAUAUGAGUGAAGGUAGAGGUGAGUAAAGACAGAAAUGAUGAGAGAGCUAGUAAUGAUAUGAGUGAAGGUAGAGGUGAGUAAAGACAGAAAUGAUGAGAGAGCUAGUAAUGAUAUGAGUGAAGGUAGAGGUGAGUAAAGACAGAAAUGAUGAGAGAGCUAGUAAUGAUAUGAGUGAAGGUAGAGGUGAGUAAAGACAGAAAUGAUGAGAGAGCUAGUAAUGAUAUGAGUGAAGGUAGAGGUGAGUAAAGACAGAAAUGAUGAGAGAGCUAGUAAUGAUAUGAGUGAAGGUAGAGGUGAGUAAAGACAGAAAUGAUGAGAGAGCUAGUAAUGAUAUGAGUGAAGGUAGAGGUGAGUAAAGACAGAAAUGAUGAGAGAGCUAGUAAUGAUAUGAGUGAAGGUAGAGGUGAGUAAAGACAGAAAUGAUGAGAGAGCUAGUAAUGAUAUGAGUGAAGGUAGAGGUGAGUAAAGACAGAAAUGAUGAGAGAGCUAGUAAUGAUAUGAGUGAAGGUAGAGGUGAGUAAAGACAGAAAUGAUGAGAGAGCUAGUAAUGAUAUGAGUGAAGAUAGCGGUGAGUAAAGACAGAAAUGAUGAGAGAGCUAGUAAUGAUAUGAGUGAAGGUAGCGGUGAGUAAAGACAGAAAUGAUGAGAGAGCUAGUAAUGAUAUGAGUGAAGGUAGAGGUGAGUAAAGACAGAAAUGAUGAGAGAGCUAGUAAUGAUAUGAGUGAAGGUAGAGGUGAGUAAAGACAGAAAUGAUGUGAGAGCUAGUAAUGAUAUGAGUGAAGGUAGCGGUGAGUAAAGACAGAAAUGAUGAGAGAGCUAGUAAUGAUAUGAGUGAAGGUAGAGGUGAGUAAAGACAUAAAUGAUGAGAGAGCUAGUAAUGAUAUGAGUGAAGGUAGCGGUGAGUAAAGACAGAAAUGAUGAGAGAGCUAGUAAUGAUAUGAGUGAAGGUAGAGGUGAGUAAAGACAGAAAUGAUGAGAGAGCUAGUAAUGAUAUGAGUGAAGGUAGAGGUGAGUAAAGACAGAAAUGAUGAGAGAGCUAGUAAUGAUAUGAGUGAAGGUAGAGGUGAGUAAAGACAGAAAUGAUGAGAGAGCUAGUAAUGAUAUGAGUGAAGGUAGAGGUGAGUAAAGACAGAAAUGAUGAGAGAGCUAGUAAUGAUAUGAGUGAAGGUAGAGGUGAGUAAAGACAGAAAUGAUGAGAGAGCUAGUAAUGAUAUGAGUGAAGGUAGAGGUGAGUAAAGACAGAAAUGAUGAGAGAGCUAGUAAUGAUAUGAGUGAAGGUAGAGGUGAGUAAAGACAGAAAUGAUGAGAGAGCUAGUAAUGAUAUGAGUGAAGGUAGAGGUGAGUAAAGACAGAAAUGAUGAGAGAGCUAGUAAUGAUAUGAGUGAAGGUAGAGGUGAGUAAAGACAGAAAUGAUGAGAGAGCUAGUAAUGAUAUGAGUGAAGGUAGAGGUGAGUAAAGACAGAAAUGAUGAGAGAGCUAGUAAUGAUAUGAGUGAAGGUAGAGGUGAGUAAAGACAGAAAUGAUGAGAGAGCUAGUAAUGAUAUGAGUGAAGGUAGAGGUGAGUAAAGACAGAAAUGAUGAGAGAGCUAGUAAUGAUAUGAGUGAAGGUAGAGGUGAGUAAAGACAGAAAUGAUGAGAGAGCUAGUAAUGAUAUGAGUGAAGGUAGAGGUGAGUAAAGACAGAAAUGAUGAGAGAGCUAGUAAUGAUAUGAGUGAAGGUAGAGGUGAGUAAAGACAGAAAUGAUGAGAGAGCUAGUAAUGAUAUGAGUGAAGGUAGAGGUGAGUAAAGACAGAAAUGAUGAGAGAGCUAGUAAUGAUAUGAGUGAAGGUAGAGGUGAGUAAAGACAGAAAUGAUGAGAGAGCUAGUAAUGAUAUGAGUGAAGGUAGAGGUGAGUAAAGAUAUAAAUGAUGAGAGAGUGAGUAAUGAUGCAAAUGAAGGUAGAGGUGAGUGAAGACAGAAAUGAUGAGAGAGUGAGUAAUGAUAGAAAUGGGUGGAGAGGUGAGUAAAGACAGAAAAAUGAUGAAAGCGUGAGUAGUGAUAGAAAUGAAAGGAGAGGUGAGUACAUAUGGAAGCCUAAAAAUGUCCCCCCCCCCGGCCCCUUCAGUAUGAUUAAAAAGCCUCCGCCCGGGCGGAACAGUAAAAACAAAGUUUGAUACACCCUCCCUGUCUUUGUGAACCAAGUUUAACCCACCCUCCCUGUCUUUGUGAACCAAGUUUAACCCACCCUCCCUGUCUUUGUGAACCAAGUUUAACCCACCCUCCCUGUCUUUGUGAACCAAGUUUAACCCACCCUACCUGUCUUUGUGAACCAAGUUUAACCCACCCUACCUGUCUUUGUGAACCAAGUUUAACCCACUCUCCCUGUCUUUGUGAACCAAGUUUAACCCACCCUCCCUGUCUUUGUGAACCAAGUUUAACCCAGCCUCCCUGGCUUUGUGAACCAAGGUUAACCCAGCCUCCCUGGCUUUGUGAACCAAGUGAGAGUUUAAUGCGCUAUUCACUAUCAUGACCCUUUCAAAAGACGCGUUUUUUUUUUUUUAAAUCCUGAUGAUAGCAACCGGGGCAAUUGCACCUUUCGGCCCCACCCUUCGCACGGCCCUGCAUACAUUUAUUUACGGACAUUUUGAAGAUAUUUAUAAAAAGUGUUGGUAAGCUGGUGUUUUAGGCAAUAAAUAUGACCACUUCGAUGUCUACAUUUUGUUGAUUGAGUACGCUGUUGCUUUCAGACAUGCCGUCGACUUUCGGCAACAUUUAUUACAGGAGUAAGCAAGAGGGCUCAGUACUGGACGGUACCAUCAUCAUCCUCCUCAACAUGUCAUUCAAUGUCAUCGCCACCUGGUACGUGGAUCAGGUGUUCCGAGAUGACGUCCUAACGGCUAGGCCUUACUACUUUCUAUUUACGGUAAGACAUGGCCCUCGUAGGGGAUCACAUUCGGACCCCCUCGUAGGGGAUCCCAUUCGGACCCCCCCUCGUAGGGGAUCACAUUCGGACCCCCCUCGUAGGGGAUCACAUUCGGACCCCCCCAUCGUAGGGGAUCACAUUCGGACCCACCCCCUCGUAGGGAUCACAUUCGGACCCCCCCUUCGUAGGGGAUCACAUUCGAACCCCCCCCCCUCAUAGGGGAUCACAUUCGGACCAGUGGCUUAGGAAAGGGGGGUGGGUGGGUGGGUCGGAAGGGAUCGGUAUCCACACAAAUGCCAUAACAGUAAUGGACUACAUCAGGCCUGCACAACAUACGUCCCGCUGGCCGUGUGCGGCCCCCCAGCACCCACUUUGCGGCCCGUGAAGUAACGAAAUAUUCUUUUCAUUAUAACUUUCUAGCUCCUCUCUCCCCCCCCCCCAACCCCAACUGUCUGAUUUUUCUUUCGGCCCGCAGAAGUUUUUCAUAAAGUAUUACGGCCCGCCUUAAUUUUUCGGGCUGUGCAGGCCUGGAUUAGAUAAACAACGCAGCAAUAACCAUGUUCGCUGUUCAACAAUUUAGCAAGUCUUUGGUCUGCCAAUGUAGAACUCUUGAUUUUUUUUUUUUUGUCUUCUUAUCUGCAUAUUAACACUGUUAGUAGCGCUGUAUUGUUUUGCAAAUGUAUUCUGUUUGAAGAUGUGUUGCGUAGAAUGCUUAACAGAGGACUGAUCACCGGUAUAGAAAGAAAAUGAUACCAACGCCAGGGAUACUAACACCAUUCAAUUUAAUCAUACGAUCAAACUUCUAGACAAAUCCAAUAUAUAGAAAAAAAUUAAUAAAAAUAGAUCAACUUUCAGGUCAGCAAGUGAACGGGUACAAUCUUCGAAAAAUACAAAUAUCAAUAUAUACACGCACAUAAAGAAUACAAUCUUGCAGUUAUAUAACGUCAGGUGAACGUCUAGGAAAAUCAACACAAAAUCUGUCCCGGCUAGGAAAGCUGCCGGCCUAUGUUAAGGGAUUGAAUCAAAACGAUCUAGUAAAGAAAUUCUAGAAAUUUGUUUCACCUGAUAGCGUUCUUUAUAAGAAAUGGAAAAUAUUUUGGAAAGUGAACGUCCUUUUCCCGAUCAACGGAGGGGCGGGUGAAAGAAGUGGCGCAACACAAUUAACCAGUGACGUCAAUAUCAAAACAAAACAAAGAGGAGGCAAAGGGAAGAGGGGGGGGGGGCUAAAAUUAGGCCUACACCCAGGCUUUAACAACAUUCAUCACUUUGGCUAGUUUUACCUUUAAGAUGCCAAUCAGUCACUUCAUAACCAAUCGAUUAUUUGAUAGCCAAUCGAUAAUUUAAAAAGCAAUCGAUAAUUUCAUAACCAAUCUAUCAUUUCCUAAGCAUUCAGUCAUUUCGUGACCAAACAUUAAUUUUAUGAAGCAGUCGAUUAUUUCAUAGCCAGUUGGUAAUUUCAGCCAACAUUACGGUGGUCAGGGUGACCAAUGUUUAGACGACUCGGCCCAUGGAUCACUUUUCAUUUGCCGAUAUGUCGGAAGAAAUCUACUGAUUGUGAAAUAGCCACCUCAUCAUUGGGUGUGCUCUUCAAUUAACGACACAAUGUUUUGUAUAUUGUUUUCAAGCACAUGCGACUCUUCUCUUUCAGAGGUCGUUUUGGUUCCCGGAAGAACCAGACGCUGAGAUUGUUAUACCUGAGAUUCCACCACAGGACCCAAAGUAUUUUGAGCGGCCAGGCGAAGACUUGGUUCCCGGAAUACAGGUGCAGAAUCUGGUGAAGGUAAGCGGUCAAGCAUUGUCCCUAAAAUGGAGUCGUAAACACGAGUCGCUUCGAGUCGGUGACAUGACGGUGCGAAACUGGCAUAAAAAAAAGUUACAAAAUCCCGAUAUUAAAUACGUUGUAGGAGCACACACGUAAAAAGAAACAUGAAUCUCGGAACAUCGACAAAACUCACAAUUAACAGACUUUGCCUUAAGCCUCACAACCAACCAACCACCCGGUUUGACUCCAACAACCCGGGUUGAUCCGAACAUGUUUUUGUUAUACGGUUAAUGCUGUACGAUGGGUCGCUAUUUUAUUUGACUGAAAUUUUUAUGACGCGCAGGGAAUGAAGCCGUCUCGGGGUGCUAUAAUAUGAUGUGCUGACUAUAAGAUGUAGGUCUACUCGUUCUUCAGUGCGGUCAGUGCCAGACCAACGAUUGUGCGCGUAGUAAACCUGAGCAUGGGUGUGUGGUGAACAGACUUAUAACACAAGCCCGAGCGUCACGGACAGCGAGACAAGAAUAUCUCGCUAUAGAAAAAAAAAUCAGUUAACAUGAUGAAGACAUGAGUGAGCAGCAUAAAAUCAUAAUGCCCCCCCCCCCUUGCCACAAUGGGCUUCUUCUUGUUAAAAUAAGUCUACAGUGUAGCAAUGACAAGAACAAAAAACAAAUUAAUUGAAGAUCUUGAGGUAAAUGUAUUUAAGGACUGUAGCAGCAUAAAGUUACAGUUAUAUUUACAUUAAAUUUACCUUAUUUAAAAUGUUCCUUUCCUGGCCUUCAAAGCUGCAAACCUGACAUUCGUGCUCAAAUGUUAAAGGGCGGUGCUAGUGAUGAAUCGGCGAAAAUACUAAUUGUUAAGCAUUUCUGUGUUUCGAUAUUUUUGGUUUCAAAAACCUCUUUUUAAAAUUUAAAUUAGAAAUUUGUGUAGAAUAUUAUUUUGUUAUAAAUGGGUAUAAGAUCUUUUUUUUUCUUUUUUUUUUUUUUGUUUUUAAUUCGAAUCGGCGAAAAUACUAAUUUUUAAGCAAUUUUUAACGAUUCGAUUAGAAUUGGCUGACCAAAUCGUUUUUAAAGUUUCAGUGAAAGCUUUAUUUCUAUUCAAAAACCUCUUUUUAAAAUUUAAAUUAGAAAUUUGUGUAGAAUAUUAUUUUGUUAUAAAUGGGUAUAAGAUCUUUUUUUUUCUUUUUUUUUUUUUAGUUGUUAAUUCGAAUCGGCGAAAAUACUAAUUUUUAAGCAAUUUUUAACGAUUCGAUUAGAAUUGGCUGACCAAAUCGUUUUUAAAGUUUCAGUGAAAGCUUUAUUUCUCACCAUUUAGGUAAAUAUAGCUUCAAGUCACCUAAGAAAGUCACCUAAUAUUUCUAUCGGCGUUGAAUAAUGGUCAAAACGAUGUUUUUGUAGGUUCACCUCAUUUAUGACGCAUCACCCUUGAACUUUUAAUAAAGCACGCAAUUGGAUUGGUUAUUUGUGUGGACAAUUAACGUGUGAUCGGUCCUCCUUUUGGUUAGACUGAUCAGUGUGUGCUCUGUAAAUGUGCAAUUUUUCUAAAUUUUGUGUCACCACCCCCCCCCACGCCCCUGCCCGACACGGUCUCACCCGGUGCUGUCCGCGACCCCCGCAGCCCCUAGCUGUUUAUAAGAUGAAUGAUUAACUGUGUGUAAAUAUGGUCGCUUUCGCUGCACUUUGUCUGUGAAUAGCAUCAAUACGCUGGUAUAAAUAAAACGUUGUGCUUUGAAGUUGACUAUCAUAUAUCCAGGUCGCGUUUUUUUUAUCUACACUUGAGAUUAUAGAUUGAAGAGACGUUCAGAUGAAGUUGUUUUUUUAUGCCUACUUGAGAUGAUAGAUCUAAGAGUUUUUAAAAUGGAAAAGUUGUGUGUGGCUACUUGCGGUAAUGGAUUGAAGAGAUUUUAAAUGGAGAAGUGUAUUUUAGUAUGAACAAACUUAAUUUCUAUUUCAUUGAACCUCAUAUUCAGACGUUUGGUGACAUGAUUGCAGUUCGUGGCGUGACCUUGGAUGUCUACAAGGACCAUAUCACAGUACUCUUGGGACCUAAUGGAGCAGGGAAAACUACAGCAGUAUCUAUCAUCACAGGUCACAACAACAGCAAUAUCUUUAAUCACAGGUCACAAAACAGCAAUAUCUAUAAUCACAGCUCACAACAACAGCAAUUUCUAUAAUUACAAGUCACAACAACAGCAAUAUCUAUAAUCACAGGUAACAAAACAGGAAAAUCUAUAAUCACAGGUCACAGAGCUUCAAUGUCUAUAAUGGCAGGUCACAACAUCAGCAAUAUCUAUAAUCAUAGGUCACAGAGCAGCAAUAUCUAUCUCCACAAGGGAAUAUUAUUUAAAUAAAAUUGAUCUUAUUCUAUCCAAAUAAUCAAAUUGUUACAAUUGAUAAAGCUGUUUUAAUGUUCAUUCGAAGUUCGAAGUUUUUUUGUCCAUAAUUUAUAAAAUGAAAAUGAUUAUCUAUUUAAUGCACUUACUUCAAAGUCUUGAUCAAAUUUGGAAGGAAAAAAAAUGAAUGCAUUCAAAGCCUUUAGCGGUAACAAGCUAAAGAAUAGGAUUUACAGGUCUAAUUACUCUAGAUAUCUUACAAUGGAACUUCUGGCUAUAGGUUAAAUUACUCUGGAUAUCUUAAAAUGGAACUUCUGACUGUAGGUUAAAUUACCCAGAAACAGCCAGGCACUGGAGUCUUUCAAAACCGAUUUGAAAACAUAUCUUUUUCGCAAACACCUUUUGGGGGUGAUGUUGUCUACCAUCUUUUCCUGCUAGCUAAUAUCUUAUAGAUGUAUAGUGUCCUGUGCUGUUUAUGGGUAUGCUCGUAUGUAGUUUUGUAAUGUUGCGUUUUGUACUUCUAUGUGGUAAAAUAUAGAUUUUUUCAUUUCUCUUUUAAUAUGGAUGACUUUGUACCGCGCUUCGAGCCUUUGGGGAUUAAGCGUGAUUUUCAAAUAAGCUUUAUUACUCUUAUUAUUUUAUUAGAUAUCUUACAAAGGCACUUCUAACUAUUUGAAAUGACUCAAAAAUUGUCGUAUACUGGAACUUGUGACCAAGUUCAGCUACUCUACAUGUCUCUGGUAGGUUCGAUACAUAGUGGAAUCUCUCAGUUAAAUUAUUGCUGAAUAUGUCUUAUACUUCUUGGCACGAUUCGGUAUAGGUGACAUCAUCAGUGGCACUGCAGCCCAUGUGGGGCCCCGGCCUGCUCCACCACAUCCUUCCAUUCAGAACGAAUCAUGGCAUUCCACCUACAUACGCGAACCCCCAACUGGGGUAAAUCCUUCUUUACAUCGUCGAUCCAUCACAGUUUUGGUCUACCGAUGAGCCGCAUGCCCCUUGGUUUCUGUCUGUAGAUCCUUUUUCCUGCGCUAGAAUCUGGCAUCAUUUCAAUAAGUUCUGUCCAGAGCAGUCUGACUUUUUUUUUAAGGUGGGACCUAUGGGCGAGUCUUUGUAAAGUUGCUACAGCUCAAGGUUUGUACGGAUUCUCCAAAACAUAAUUGUAUAAUAACGAAACUUCUAAGUUAUCAUAUAUCACACUCCUAGGUUUAACUCGACAUAUAUAGCACUCCUAGGUUUAACUCGACAUAUAUUGCACUCCUAGGUUUAACUCGACGUAUAUUGCACUCCUAGGUUUAAUUCGACAUAUUAUAAUCCCACCCCUAGGUUUAUUGCCCCCAACAAGUGGCACGGCGUUUGUCAAUGGAUUUGACAUCAAGAAGAACAUCAAACAAGUACGAGAAAAUAUUGGACUCUGCCCCCAGCACGACGUCCUGUUUCCAAAGCUGAACGUCAGGGAGCAUCUCUAUUUCUACUGCAAGGUAAGUUGCCAAAUGAAUCCAACUUUAAUAUUAAACUGUAUUCUAUGGGACCAAGCUGUCGCUCUUUUUAUGACCCCGGGCAUGCCGUAUCUGCUGGGCGUCGCCGUAAAUCAGACCUCCCCGCGUGGGUGCCCGGAGUGUUGCCCACCCUCCACUCGUUAGUACUGGGCACUGGGCUAGUAAGUGCACCACUGUCUCCGGCGCCGGCCCGCAGCUCCGUUCCGAAGCGUGUGGACAAGACAGGAAUGAAUCCAACAGGCGCGGGGUGGAAUGCACAGGGGUCACGAGAUGUCAGGCAGCCAAUCUCAUAACCAACGCUAUCAUAACAAAACCUAUCAUAACCGUCGCUAUCAUAACCAACGCUAUCAUAAACAUCGCUAUCAUAACCAACGCUAUCUUAACAACACCUAUCAUAACCGUCGCUAUCAUAACCAACGCUAUCAUAAACAUCGCUAUCAUAACCAACGCUAUCAUAACAAAACCUAUCAUAACUAUUGCUAUCAUAACCAACUCUAUCAUAACCAAUGUAAAAACUUUAAGUCAAGCCUAUGUGUACACUUGCUCUCUUUGAAUUUCUGUUUGGAAACUGUUGACCAGGGCUUUAGCCUUUAAUUUUUACCGUUAUUUAAGUAUUUUACGCACGGUUACUUGUUUCUUUUCCUCAGCUUCGUGGUCAGUAUGGAGAGGGGUCUGAACAGGAGAUCAAUGAGAUGUUGUAUCUACUUGACCUGGGGACUAAAAGGAAGGCGUUCCCGCACCAACUAUCUGGGGGGCAGAAACGGAAACUGUCAGUGGCGUGUGCAUUUGUUGGCAACAGCAAGGUGAUUCGUGAAUCAUCAACUAUCUCACAAACCUGUGUCCCCAGUUCAUCUAUCUCAUGCACCUGUGUUCCCUAUAAACUAUCUCACGAACCUGUUGUCCCCUAUCAACUAUCUCAUGCACCUGUGUCCCCUAUCAGCUAUCUCAUGAACCUGUGUCCCAUAUCAACUAUCUCAUUCACCUGUGUCCCCUAUCAACUAUCUCAUUAACCUGUAUCCCCUAUCAACUAUCUAAAGCACCUGUGUCCCCUAUCAACUAUCUCAUGAACCUGUGUCCCCUAUCAACUAUCUCAUGCACCUGUGUCCCCUAUCAACUAUCUCAUGAACCUGUGUCCCCUAUCAACUAUCUCAUGCACCCAUUGUCCUCUUUCAUCUAUCUCACAAACCUGUGUCCCCAGUUCAUCUAUCUCAUGAACCUGUGUCCCUUCUCAUCUAUCUCACAAAAUGUGUCCCCUUUCAUCUAUCUGAGUCAAUCUUCUCUCCUCUCAACUAUCUCACCGUCUGCGUCAUAAAAUCCCAGUCUGCAGGAUUUCGAUUUCUCAUGUUCACUAGAAGGCUUGAGGCGGGGGUAUUUCCAUUGAACAAACCACUGGCAGCAAUGUGAGAACCUAUUGCAACACCCCAGCCUAACUUUUUUUACUUCACUUAGACACCGCGGUUUUACAACCCAAAUAAAAAAAUGUGUCUUAUAACAAAAGCCACAAUGCCUACUUCAACAGCCACACACCCUUAAGCAUCCUUAAACACCCUUAGACACACACCCCCCACCCAAUUAACGUGUCCUGUACCAGAUCACAAUUCUUACGUUAACAACCACACACCAUUUAACAUCCCUUAAACAAACACCAAAAAAACCAACACUAUGGAUUCUUAUAACAUCCCUUAAACACACACCAAAAAAACCAACACUAUGGAUUCUUAUAAAAUCCCUUAAACACACACCAAAAAAACCAACACUAUGGAUUCUUAUAACAUCCCUUAAACACACACCAAAAAACCAACACUAUGGAUUCUUAUAACAUCCCUUAAACACACACCAAAAAAACAAACACUAUGGAUUCUUAUAACAUCCCUUAAACACACACCAAAAAAAACCAACACUAUGGAUUCUUAUAACAUCCCUUAAACACACACCAAAAAAAACAAACACUAUGGAUUAUUAUAACAUCCCUUAAACACACACCAAAAAAACCAACACUAUGGAUUCUUAUAACAUCCCUUAAACACACACCAAAAAAACAAACACUAUGGAUUCUUAUAAAAUCCCUUAAACACACACCAAAAAAACAAACACUAUGGAUUCUUAUAACAUCCCUUAAACACACACCAAAAAAACCAACACUUUGGAUUCUUAUAACAUCCCUUAAACACACACCAAAAAACCAACACUAUGGAUUCUUAUAACAUCCCUUAAACACACACCAAAAAAACCAACACUAUGGAUUCUUAUAACAUCCCUUAAACACACACCAAAAAACCAACACUAUGGAUUCUUAAAACAUCCCUUAAACACACACCAAAAAAAACAAUACUAUGGAUUCUUAUAACAUCCCUUAAACACACACCAAAAAACCAACACUAUGAAUUCUUAUCCCUUAAACACACACCAAAAAAAACAACACUAUGGAUUCUUAUAACAUCCCUUAAACACACACCAAAAAAACAAACACUAUGGAUUCUUAUAACAUCCCUUAAACACACACCAAAAAAACCAACACUAUGGAUUCUUAUAAAAUCCCUUAAACACACACCAAAAAAACCAACACUAUGGAUUCUUAUAACAUCCCUUAAACACACACCAAAAAAACCAACACUAUGGAUUCUUAUAACAUCCCUUAAACACACACCAAAAAACCAACACUAUGGAUUCUUAUAACAUCCCUUAAACACACACCAAAAAAACCAACACUAUGGAUUCUUAUAACAUCCCUUAAACACACACCAAAAAACCAACACUAUGGAUUCUUAUAGCAUCCCUUAAACACACACCAAAAAACCAACACUAUGGAUUCUUAUAACAUCCCUUAAACACACACCAAAAAACUAACACCAUGGAUUUUUAUAACAUCCCUUAAACACACACCAAAAAAACAAACACUAUGGAUUCUUAUAAAAUCCCUUAAACACACACCAAAAAAACCAACACUAUGGAUUCUUAUAACAUCCCUUAAACACACACCAAAAAACCAACACUAUGGAUUCUUAUCCCUUAAACACACACCAAAAAAACCAACACUAUGGAUUCUUAUAACAUCCCUUAAACACACACCAAAAAACCAACACUAUGAAUUCUUAUCCCUUAAACACACACCAAAAAACCAACACUAUGGAUUCUUAUAACAUCCCUUAAACACACACCAAAAAAACAAACACUAAGGAUUCUUAUAACAUCCCUUAAACACACACCAAAAAAACCAACACUAUGGAUUCUUAUAAAAUCCCUUAAACACACACCAAAAAAACCAACACUAUGGACUCUUAUAACAUCCCUUAAACACACACCAAAAAACCAACACUAUGGAUUCUUAUUUACCAAAAAGAUUAUAGCUGUUUUUUUUGAUUGGCAUUCCGAAGAUCGUAUUUCUGGACGAGCCGUCGACAGGGAUGGACCCUAACGCCAGGCAACAGCUCUGGAAGUUUCUGGAGAUCAUGCACCCCGGACGGACGCUCCUUCUGACCACGCACUACAUGGAUGAGGCGGACAUCCUCGGAGACCGGAUAGCCAUCAUGGCCAAGGGCG